AUGGGUAAAGGUAAUCCACAGAAAUCAGGAACCGGCGGCGACCUUCACGCGGCGGCGAGGUCCGGCGAUCUCAUAUCAGUUCAGUCAAUUUUGAUUUCAAAUCCUUUGUCCGUUAAUUCCAGAGACAAGCAUUCCAGAACACCACUACAUUUAGCAGCAUUUUCUGGGCAAACUGAGGUGGUCAGUUAUCUAUGCAAGAACAAGGCUGAUGUUGGUGCUUCCGCUAUGGAUGACAUGGCCGCAAUACACUUUGCGGCACAAAAAGGUCAUUUAGAAGUUGUUAGGGCUCUGGUUUCAGCUGGUGCCUCUUUCAAAGCUGCUACUCGUAAAGGCAUGACCCCAUUACACUUUGCUGCUCAAGGUUCCCAUCUGGAACUUGUCAAGUAUUUGGCUAAGAAAGGGGCAAGUCUCAGUGUCAAGACAAAGGUGGGAAAAACUCCGUUGGAUCUUGCUACUAAUGAUGAAGUCCGCACCUUUCUGCAGGGAUUUGUAAAAUCAGAUAAGAAUGGAGAAUCGAGAAACGGAGAUAAAGCUGAAGAAUCUGAUCCAAAACAAAAUGAAGGAUCCAAUCCAAAGGCAGCUGAAGAAUCUGAUCCAAAAGAAAAGGAAGAAUCCAAUCCAAAGGCAGCUGAAGAAUCUGACUCAAAAGCAUCCUCCUCCUUGGGAUUCAAAAGUGACGAACCUUCUACCGUUGCUGUUGAUGAAGAAGAGGGAGAAAGAGGGAAGAGGAAGGUUAAUGAAAAUGAUGCAACAGAAGACUCGAAACCAAAAAAGGCAAGAGUUAAACUAAGCCACCUUCAAAGCUCAGAUGAUGCUGAAGAAGAAGACAACUGA